AUGGCGGCAGCCCGCUUACUACCCUACCCUAGGUGUCGGUUUCAGUUCAGACGUCUCCUCGGCCUUUGGGGCUUCACCACCACCACUCACCGGAGCGCACGUACGUACAUACUGCGUACGUGUAUUCCCGUUGGCAACGAAACCGAAGGAACCCCCCGCGCGCCCUCCACGCUCGUCUAUACGUGCACUGUACGGACAACGCUCGUGCGCCCCUCCUCCUCGUCUCCUCCCUGCCUUGGGCCCCCCUCACCCCCAUUGUCGCCGUCAUUGCGAGAAUGCGGCGUGCGUAAUACUCCGUACGGAGCAACAAGACAGUGA